AUCAAAUCACACCAUGCAACUCGCUUUGUGUCAUCGUAGGUUUUUCUGUUUUGAGCAGAGUUGAAGGAAAAAAACGAGCAGUGAUUCAUUGCUGUGAAGUUCAGUGAAAGCAAAACUUUUAACCCAUAAUAGUUCCUUUAUUUUCUAGUCAUAUAGGUUUUAUCGAGUAUUAUUUCCGAUAGUGCCACGAUUUCCAUUACGCUGCCUGCGUUUCGUUUCGUUUUUUUUCGUCGAUUGAGCUAGACGCGAAAACACAAACCAGUCACUCUUAUCACAAGUGUGAAUUUAUAAUGGUUCUAUUGUUUUGAGUAAUAGCAGUUUUUCGUUGGUUCUGUGAUAAAGAAUUGUGCUUCGGUAGGGUAAAUACCAGCAGCUGGUAAAAAAUACACGACCUCUACGCCGUUCGGCAAAAGAAGAAUGUUCCAACACAGCCCGAAGGCUUCGGCUCUGAUGAACUGAACAUGUUUCGCAAUUAUUGCCAAUCGAUCGAGCACGGUGGUGGCAGUUUGCUAAAGCAAAAUUAAGCAAGUCGUUUAUUGGUGGCUUUACUGCGUGAAAAAGGGUUGUUACCCACGUGCCUGAGCGACAAUGUUCGCGUCGCUGAAAAACAAGAUCAAGGAGGAAACCGGAAGCGAUGUUACAUCACUGCCCUCAAGAAGCUCGGGUCAAGGCGGGUCAUCAACGGGCGGACAGCGCUUCCAACGAAGUAGACCGGAAUCUUUUACCAGUAUGGCCUCGAUGGAUGAGCUGAGUUUGUUCGAGCAAAAGGAAGCUGAGCUGAGUGCCACUAGGAUACAGUUGCAGGAGCUAGCCUGCCAGUUUAAUGAGCUUCGCGAGCAAGCACGUGCGCUCGAGGAUGAUAAAGUGCGUCUGGAGGAUGCUAACAAGUUGCUGGAGGAGUCGUUGAAAGUCGCUCAGGUGCAGAAAGAUUUACUUUGCGAAGAACAGGAUAAAAUACAAAACCUACAGCAGCAGGAUAUCUCGAAACUUCGAAGUAUGCUUUUGUUCCGAGAACAGGAAGCAGUGGAUCGAAUUUCCCACCAGAAGGCGGCCGAACAGCAGGUUGAAAGUCUGAAGCAAGAACUGAACCGAGUGAGAGAUAUUGAGCCUAUGGUGGAAGAUUUGCAGGAUGAGUUGGAAAAUCUCCGACAUUCAUCCUCGGUAGAGAAAAACAAUCUUUUGUCGACCCUAGCCGCCGUUAAUGAGGAGAACCGACAUCUGAACAGUCGCAUUCAGGUGUUGGAAGAAAGUCGCGCUUCGCUCACCUCCGGUGAUACGGAUGAAAGGGUGAAAUCGCUCUUGCAGGAGCGAAAGUUACUGGAGCAACGCUUGGAGGAAGCUCAUCUGCAUCUGUCCGACAUCAAAAGCAGCUGGAGCAAUCAAAAUUUGACGUUGGAAACGCAGGUGAACCGAUUGUCGCGUCAAGUGGCGGAAGAAACCACCGAAAAGCACAAAGCUCUCAAGCAGAGGGACGACCUAAUCGAGAAGUGCAAACAGCUGGAAUUCGAGCUGGAAAAAACCCGAGAUGAAAUUGCGCAGAGAGACAACAAGAUAAAACUGAUGAGUGAAGAGGUAGACGAAUUGAAUUCUGCAUUGCGGGAGGCUCGCGAACAGCACGAGGAAGAAGUUACAUUUAUGAACAGCAAACUCGAACACUUGCAGGUGGAUCUGAACAGUAUCAAAGUGAACCUGUCCGAGACGGAGCAACGACUGCUGGACUCACUGGAAGGUUCCGACAGGUCUUUGUGUGGUUACAAGUCACAGAUCGGCCUGCUGGAGGAGAAUGUCCGUGACCUGAGCAGUCAGCUGGCAGUAGAGAAACAGGAAAAGGUCGCCAUCCUCAUGCAAAACGCUGAACUUUCACAGAAAGAGGAAAUUUUACGCCAGGAACUUCGUCAGGAGCAGGAUGAAUCGCAGGAGUUGCUUGAACAAACAGCGCUACUGCAAAGAGAAUUGGACAAAAAAAUUAACACUGUUAACGAGCUUCGCAAACAAAUCGACGAGCUGAUGAGCACAAACCUUGAGCAGAACGCAAAACUGGCUUCCCUAGAUAAUUUGCACUCGGAGUUAAUCGAUAAGAAUAAGAUUAUAAAAAUUCUCAACCAACGGUUGGUAGACAUGAAGAAAACGUUGCAGGAGGAAAUCAAUAGUAACAACAACAAUGGAGGUAGUGCCACCGGAAACACCGGUAACUAUUACCAUAGCCAUUCUGAAAAAGAUUUGGACCACAGUGGAUUCAAAGACAAAUCGGAAACACCCGCCGUCGGGGUUGGCAGACAGCAUGCAAACGGUGCCAUAAGUCACAGCCGCAGCAGCAGUAGUGGUAGCUAUCUUCAUGCCAACCACAAUGGGACACAAAAGAGUGCCACUGGCCCUGCCAGGGGAACAGUCGUGAUGGAUGAAGUGAACUUCCGUUACAUGAAACAUGUGAUAAUCAAGUUUCUUACCAGUAGAGAGGUUGAAGCCCGGCAAUUGGUGAAAGCUGUUUCGACACUGCUGCAGUUGACAUACGAGGAGGAAAAGCUGCUGCAGGAAACGCUUGCAUGGAAGAAAAGCUGGUUCGGGAGCCGCCCCGGGCAACAUUCACAAAUCUCAGUAUCAACGAUACCACCAAGCUAAGAACAGCCCUGAAUCAUUUUGAUAAAACGAUUACUAUUCUAUACAUACAUGCAGACACAGACGCAUUACAUACCUAAACACAUUAUGCUUAAUUCGUAUAAAAAGAAAUGUUUUACGAUCACGUGCAAAAGUUUCUCCCACUUAACAAAAUAGUCCCAGUUCCGAAAACAAUGAAAGCAAAAAAAAACAAACAGAUUAGACACUUAAAUAUUACAAUAGAAACAAUCAUUUGCAUAAAUAGAAAUAGAUCACCCCUAAGUAGCGCAUAUAGAAUUCCGAAGUCGACGACUUAAUAUAUCAAAGUAGUUUAUUCGAGAAAUAGAAUCUUAUUGCUCUAGCAUUACCGGAGGGCUUCGCCAAAUGAUACAUUGUUAGCUGGAGUGCACCUUAUGCUUAGUCGUCCGAGUCUUUGUUUUGUUAACGAAAAUGUGUUAUUUGAACCGAUUAGGUUCUGUUCAACCACUGAACUUAGUUGCAAUUCAGGUUAAAUAGAUGAGUUUGAUAUUAUUUUUAGAUUUCAACAUAUACAUCGGUACGUUUUGUUUCGGUUAAGUUUUUAGGAAGUUUAUGUUCGACGAAAUAUUUCCGAACUCACUGGUGAGUUUCGAUUGAAGCUGUGAUUUUUCGUUGCACCGAUUGACGUUUCACAUAUGACUGCAUUUCAAAGUUAGUAAACAACAGGUCCCACUAGGCUUCCUUCUCAUAGUAGCUAAAAAAUAAACAAAUUGUAACCUAGUGAGA